AUGAGUCGACAAACUUUUAUUUCUAAUCCCAAGUUCGAUAAAACUUACAUAUACAAAUCUCCAAAUACUAAAUAUCAGCAGUUUACUAAUGCAUUUGCAUACCAUUUCAUGGUAGAAAAUGAAAAUCUGAUCCCAAGUCGAUUAUCUAUAUGUGAUACUGCUGCGAAGGAGUGGAAAAAUAUUAAAAUGUUUGAGAAAACUAAAAUCGAUGAUAUAAUAAAAGGAUACUUAGCUACAUCUAUUAAAUUAAAAGGAUUCAUCGGUUCUCAUGCUGUGACAGCAAUUCCUGUAGAACAAGAAAUUCUGAAUAAUGCACCAGUACAAAAACGGGUAGCUUGUUCUAUAGAGGCUGCCAAAACAAAACUCAAAGAGCUAAAACAAGAAGAGGAUAAUAAUGUUAAAAAGGAGGAGAAAAAAUUAAAUCAACGGAAUUUUGAUAAUAAAAAAGAACAAGAUUUUAAUAAAUCUACUAAUACUUCCGUUCUGUGGUCCUGGAUAGAAAAACAUUGUAGUUUAUGUCAAUAUUUGAUCGAUAUUAAACGUUGCACCAAUUUGAGUUGCUGUGGACCUACUAGAGUACAAGAAGCUAUGGAUUUUCUUCAACCCUUUGAUGGGUUUCUUCUUCCUGUUACCAAAGCUCGAGAUGGUCACUAUAUUAAUCCUGUUCACCUUCUCCAAUAUUCUGAGCGAUUUAAAGUUCCCGAUUAUGAUGAACAUUGUCCAUCCAUUAACCAAACAAUGUAUUCUCGACUUUGCUGCUCAAUUUGCUAUAAGUAUUUUUCUACUCUAUCAUAUGUAGCAAAGCAUAAACGUUUACAGCAUUCAUCUAACCAUAGAAAGGCUAGAAAAGAACCAGAAAUUUCAGAAUCAGUUGCAGAAUUUGUUAUAAUUUCAAUUCUGCAACUAUGGAAGAUUUGGACCUAUUACUCUUGCAACAAAAUGAAAGUUAUUUGGAUGAAUGUAGGGAAUGCUUUUCAGACAUGGAAAGCAUUGGAACAAGAAUUAAGAACAUUUUUCGAAGGAAUAUCAACGUUUGGCAUCUAG